CAUCAACACCAACACCAACACCAACACCAUUCUUACCACUGUCGAUAUCUGAACUGAGCCUCACAAUAAAUGGAUCGACAGAUAUCCUUUUUGCCUGUCAAUCAAUCCAGAUCCCCUCCCAAUUUAAGAAAUAGGCGUGCCUUUCUGUCCUGUGAGCGUUGCCGGAAGCGUAAAACGCGAUGUGAGGCAUUUCAAGGCCAGCGGCAACCAUGCAAACGAUGUAUUCAGGAAAGUCAGGAGUGUGACUUCAGGCCGGAGAGAGCCAUGAAAAAGAAACGCGGCAGUACCACAAGAGCAGCUGCUCGUCAGGACCGUGACAAAGACUCAUACUCAGAUAACUGCUACAUUGGGUCUCCUACAGAUUCAGUGCCAGCCUAUGGUGAUGAUAGUGCUUCUCCUGCCGAGGAUGCCUUCAGUUCCGGUGUACGUAGAAGUCUGCUCUCAGCCCAUUUACGAAAUCCUGCAGAUGCCCUCAAUCUCCUUACUGUCACUGCAGAGGGGUAUAAGGAGUGUGAAGGGGGUCCUUCAACCCCUGUCGCUUUCCAACCCGAGCACACACAGACUACUCAUUUUGAUAGUACGCUCGAUCCUAUCCGGGGGUUACCUGCUGAUGCUAGCAGCUGCAGCAACUUCCUUCUUAUCAGGAAAGGAAUCGUCCAACUAAACGAGCUUUUCGAGUAUAUAGAGUUUUUUUUCUCCAGAUUGUGGCCAAUACGGCCAGUAAUUCCUCUCUGCUAUCAGCACCAGUCAACGCAUGCAUCCCUCGUCAUGGAAGAGCCGCUGCUGACAAUCUGUCUCGUGACUAUAGCGUCACGAUAUCAUCCACUUAGUGGUGCACAUGGGGAGAUCAGGUCGGAACGAGUACACUGGAAGGUCUGGAAGAUCCUCCAACGUCUACUGCAGUCGGCAUUAUGGGGCACCACGGCCACGCGGUCCCUGGGUACCAUAUCCGCUAUGCUUCUACUCAUCGAGUGGCAUGUAAAAGCGAUCAAUAAUCCGACGGACUUUGCUGAUGACGACAUCGCUGGCUUUGGAGAUGAAUAUAGGGGGCCAUCUGGCGCCAAUUCAGGUGGCAGUUCGUCCUCAUUUGGUUACCCAAACUACCGCGCCACAACAUCGAUGGAGAAACGAAAUAUUGUAGCCCCAGCGUACCGAAGCAACAAGAUGUCCUGGAUGCUUCUUUCUAAUGCUAUUGCUCUUGCUCACGAAGGGCACUGUUUCCAAGAAGGCGUUCAUGUGCCGAAUCAUUCUUCUGCCUCGGAAGUCAUCAAACAGGAAUGGAACAGAUUAAUUUGUGUGUUCCUAUAUUUUGCUGAUGAACACCUGUCUACCCGUAUGGGGCUUGAAUCCUUACUUCCUGACCAGUCGAGAGCAAUUGUACAGGACCGAUUAGCAUUAAACUUUGCCAGCAGUUUACCCAACAAUACUGCUUGGGAAGACUACUUUGAGCUUACGGUCAUAACAAGAAAAGCCCGCGAGUUUAUCCAUUCUACUAGACAGAUCGAUUACACAAGUGGUUUUUCUGAGUUACUUCCCCAUCUUAAAAGUUUAGAUCGAGGUUUAAGCCGUUGGAAGAUUCAACAUAGUUACCAUCAGCAUGAUCCGGGGGACUUUCUGAAUGCUUGUAUCGAAAUGGAGUAUAACUACACGUUGAUGUAUAGCUUCGCUCCCGCAUCUCAUGCCUCUUAUUCCUUCGACACCAACCACCCAACGACCGCACCGCACAAAGAAGCACCAACAAUCCUGUCUCACUAUACACAACAAGCAACACAAGCGAGCUAUGAUUUACUAUCAAUAGCAGUAGGCGUGUUGCAUCCCGCAGGGUUACUACCGUAUCUACCGGUCCGCUGCUGGCUUUUCAUAGUGGCAGCGAGCCUAUACUUGCUGAGGGCUACUCUUUCGAAAGACAAACUUGUGUCCAGCUCACACCCCAACGCUCGGCUCCUUGUAGCAGCCAUCGACGCCAUCCGAGAAGGCUCGCCGGACGAUACGCACAUGGCUGUCCGGUACUUUAAGUUUCUCGAGCGGCUUGUCCGAUCGUCUAUAACGCCUUCACCGCAUACAACUGAGCAUGGACAGGUUGUGCACCAUGACAUGAAUAAGAGCGUCGUGUCUCCUCCAUCAGGCGGGCAUAUGAGAGCCGCGGACACGGACUUUAUGACUAGCAUUGAGAUUGCUGAAUUAGGAGGUUUUCCGGCGCCUCUCAAUCAAUAUUUCACAGACCUUCUUUCGAUGGAGCCCAUGCAUGUUGAGGGCGGUCUUUAGUGGCUAAAUAUAUUCGAC